UCAAGCUCGGCGGAUCCUGGAUGUGCGCGGCACGCUUUUCUCACGCCGGGUUUAUUGAAAAAAAAAAAAAAGGAAAAAAAGAAAUCGGUCGAGUGAUCGGGGGAAAUUCGCUCGCCGGCCAUUCAUACCGAUUGUGCGAAGAUAGUUCAACGGUCUCUUCAUCUCCCUCUCUGUCCUUCGACUUUGAUCGCUGUUUAACUUCACGAGAGAAACUUUGUACUUUGCGCUUGUCGAUGUAGGCAAUCACGCGUGAGAAAAGUAUAAAGUAACGCGAUGUAAUGUAUUUGGUGUCUAAUCAGUGCUUUUUGUAAAAGAACGAUGUAUAACGGUUGCUAUGAAUAAUUAGUGCGCAUGCUGCUAUCGAUGUGUAUCUUCGAGGAAGAUGUCCGAAUUGUAAUAAUUGCAGUAUGUAUCUGCGUACGUAUCGCGAACGAAUCGCCGGGCUCUUUCGAUUUUAACUCGCAACGUGCUUUCGCUCUUAUUGAAUUAGUUUGCAACUGACGUUAUUGUGACGAGCAAUAGCCCGAAAGCGGCCCGAAAAUGAGCUUGCGCUGGAUUCACGAGAAUCUGGAAGCGCCGACAUGCGAUGAGGAGUGCAGCGAUAUCGACGACAGCUGCAGCGACGACAGCUACGACACGGACCUGUCCUUUCACGAGGACAACGAGGUGACGACAGAAAACAGCAAAGGAAUCACCCGUGACAACCGGAAGAAGAGGGAAACCAAAAGACCACCGACCACGACCGUCACCUUCGACGAGAACGGGACGCCGCGUAACGUCGACGCCAAAUCGCGCAAGUAUUUGCCGUACGUGAUAUGGGACCCUCGGCAGCCGGCGAAAAAUCCCGCCUACGAUUGCCGUGCAAUAAAACUGUAUUGUCGGACUGGGUAUUAUCUGGCAAUAACACCGUCGGGACGAGUACGUGGAUUAUGCGGCAACAAUGAGUCGCACGCUGUACUUCACGUGACACCGGUGUCGUUUGGAGUUAUCAAAAUACAAAGCGUCGAAACGGGGCUAUAUCUGGCAUUCAAUAAGAAAGGCCGAUUAUACGGAGAGGUGAAUGUGACAAAUGACAAUACCGAAUGGGAACAGUGGAGCAUCGGCUCCUACGACGCAUUUCGAUCGCGCAAAUAUGUACACUAUGGAUGGUGGAUAGGAAUAAAGAAGAAUGGACGAGCGAAGCCGGGGCCGAAAACGUCCUGGGGGCAAAAAGCGAUACAGUUCUCGGCUAUUCAAGAGGAUUAAUCGGUUGGACGAGGAAGGUUCAAGAACGCGCGCAUGCAUGUUUCGCGAUGUAUACUUUUUAUCUUCGAUGACCACGCGUGUUUCGAACGUUACGCAGUCAGUCAAACUUCCCGGAAAGGAGUGUAAGACGGGACAGUGAUGAAUGAAUGUUCUAUGAGGAAAGAGAUGACACCGAUCGAUAAGAAAUAAGGAAUUUGUUCAGACGGAAAAUCGAGAAAAAUGACCAGCCAGUAACACGUUCCAAUAGAAU